AUGCCUAAAAAAACCUAAAAAAUAAACAUUUAUUAAAUCCAAAAACGUUAUAUGUAUCUUUGCUUCACUUGGGUUGUGUUACUCACAAUACUAUUAUAGAUUCUCUUAGAUAUUUUAAUACAAGUUGAAUGAAUGACUCAUUGAAUGAAAUAACAAUUGUAAGGCUAAUCAGGUUAAUUUUAAUAAGUGGGUCAACGAAAUUCACUUACUUUUCAAGAACACUUAGUUUGUUUUUUAGAACAAAUAAAUGUUUACGUUUUCAUUGUGAAUGAUUCUCUGAUGGUUUUUCACAAAGUAGGCUUACUAUACAAAAAAAUCCCCAUCAAAUAAGUUUAACUUAAUUGCCCAAACAUUCCCAAAUGGCACGCUCAGAUUUAAAAUGAUGUCGUUAUUUUAGCUGUUGAGGCUUACGUGUAACUUUUUAUCUGCGCUUAGAUUUUUGACAUACAAAUUUAUUAUUUAUGCUCAUGAUAACAGCAAAGAACAUGCAAUUUUGUAAUUAUUAAUUUUACGGUCUGUUUGAGUUUACCCACUAUACGUGUGAAUUUGAGGAGUUUGUUUUGCGAAAAAAAACAACACUGAAAAGAGUUACCUGCACAAGUGCAGCGCAUAACUGUUGAUCAUUUCCGCUCAGUUUUGCCCAAAAAAACUGGCCAACUGUGUCGGAGGUCGGUGAACUUUUUUAGCGUUCCAAGUUGCGUGUUUAUUUAGGCCCAAAAAUCCCACCGUCGCUUUAUUGCUGCUAUUGACUUUCAACCCAUUCCGCUUCUCAGUCUUCAUCUCUUUUAUCUGCUUGGCCCACACACACUUGUCCAUCAGCGUUCUGGGCCUAAUUUCCUUUUCGGGUUUGGGUGUGUUCGCCAGUUCAAAAAAAAAUAAUAAAUGUAUGAGAAGAGAAGGAAAAGAAAUUAACAUAAUCAAAUUUACCUUUUUACGCUGCGAACACGUUUCGUGGGCCAAAUAAAAAAAGUGAAGACCAUUAUUUAAUUUUCGUGUCAGUCGGCGCAAUGCUCCAACAAAUAUUGAGGUUCUGACAAAAAGAAGGUUUUUACACCUGCCAAUCAGCUUAAAACUUUUUUAUAAGUUUUUGAAGAUUUUCUUGUAGACUAGAUUACAAAAUCAAUUGAUUUAAUCCCACCACCAACUUGUAGAUAUUCGAUGAAAAUUUUGGGAUUAUUCGUUGGCUGGCUUUUAUUUAUUUGCCAAUUUUUUUUCUUAAAAAAGAAAUUGGAUUAGUCAAAAUUACUGUUCCUAUUGACCACAAUGUCCUCGUGGUCCAAACUUUCUAUUCGGUUUAGUGGUAUUCAAAUUCGAUCUCCCUAUCCAAAUUUAAAGUAUCCACGAAAAGAUGAUCAGAUAUAAUAUAUGUUCCGGCUUAACAGCACUGUGUCCCAAAAGACCGAAAAUAGAUUUCAAACGCCAUCGAGAUUGUUUUAGACUUGGCUGUCUAUCCCAGGAGCAUCAUCUUUGGCGACAGAGGAACAAAGUGGAAAUACAGCAUUUGGCUAAACUAAUUGGAUACUGUCCGGAGGAAAUCGAUGGCUUCCUUUUCAAACUCAGCCUGCAGAAGUACAGCAGUCUUUUGAACCCCAAGGGUUUUGGAUGGAACGCCUGCAAUGUGCCACUUUGUAAUCCGUAUGUCUGUGACCGGUACAUGGGCAUAUUCGAUCACCGUGGCAACUUGAGGAGUCCCAUCGAUCCAAGGAGUCUUGAUACGUUACUGCCGUUACUGAUGAAUUCUUUAUAUGGUGAUUCGCCUGAAUGCCAAAAGGUUUCGUCAAUCUGCGAGACAUAUCCUUUUGGCUAUCAGGCAAAAAGCCAAUCAAAUUUGAAUACUGAAAAAGUUAAAAGCCCAGAGAAAGUAAUUAGUCCAGCUCCGGAACCUAGUGAAUACAAUUUUCCGGGAUUUUUAUCUCAUAACGUUGAUGAUUGGGUUCCAAAGAAAAUAGAAAGAAAUGAAUUCUAUUCGGUGAUUAAGCCCGAGACAAUAUUGGAAUCAGAAUCUGAUGAGAGCUUGCCAAAAAAGAGGAAGAAAAGAAAAGCCUUUGGACGACAAUCGGUUUUCCUCAACGAUGCCCUUGCUCUAGCUUAUGCCAAACCAAGUGAUGAUGUAAAAGAUAUACUAAAAACUCUGACCCGACAUCCUAGAAAGGUUAGCUAUGUGGGUCCCGUAGGAAAUCUUAGAACAGAACGUCUUCGUAUUUUAUUGAGGGAUCUAAUUGAAGGAAAGGGAACCUCGAUUACGAAAGAUGAGUUAAGGAGAUCCCUGAAAAAAAUCGAUCUUGAAAGGAAAAAUAAUGCAAAAGCCGAUUAUCUACGUGAGAUGACCACCGCCAAAGAGAUUUCAAAGCUGUACAAUGCAAUUGUGCAGAUAGCUUCAGAGCGACCAAUACCGCCCGUUCUCGGAGAAGUUCGAGAAAAUUAUCCAAAGGUUCCAGUCGCUUCCAAGCAACGAAAGUACAAUGGCGAUCAAGACCCUAUGCUCUUUUAUGCGCCCUCCGAUCCUAACAAAUCUUGGACAUUGGAGCGACGACGUCCUAAACAAACCCGUCUCAAUCAAAAUUUUGAGUUCACAUCGUCAAAGAUUAAGCGCUAUAGACGCUCUACCUUGAGGAAACAAAUCGCGGAUGUUGAAAAGCGGUACUCAAUUCACUCGACAUUCAGUGAAUCAAGUAAAUCCAAAAAUCGUGCUUCAAUGCAACCAUUGUAUGGACGUUCUGUCACUUACACAUAAAAAAUUAUAUACUUAAAAGAAAGAAAUAAAUUAACUCGUCUUCCUA